AUGACUGAAAGUAGCCCACACGUCGUUACUUCAGCCAUAACGUCCUAUGGCGGUAUUUCCAUGCUCACCCAAAUCGAGCAAGGUCUUACAAAGAAUCCUCAUUCUCUAGCUGUCAUAUCACAACAUCAACUUUCAGGGCAUCUGUCUGAUAUUACCAGUCCUUGUACGGACGAACCAGUGAACAACGGCUGCUUGGCCUGGACAUACACUCAGCUCUUCGAAGCAGCCCUAAGACUGGCACUCGGCUUACGCAUUCGGAGCAUCCCAACUAACUCGGCUAUUGUUACAUUUAUCCCUAACAGAGUUGAGUGGGCUCUCUUCCUUUGGGCGUCGACCAUACAUAAGCUGAACUUUGGAUCUUUGGAUCAUACUGCACUCCAAUCUGGCCGCCAACAAGAGCUCAGGGGCUACCUGACAGUACUUCGGCCUACAGUCGCUGUUGUUGUCAGACCUGAAGAUUAUGGGCAGAUAUAUCGUGCUUGUGAUGCUUGCGGGGUGGAGCAGCCAUUGGUGGUCGUCCUUGCGCCCACACAACCAGUAUCAGAUGAGGCGUCUCGCCCAUGGGUAUGUAUUAGUGAACUAGCAGCGUUUAUAUCUCCGUCAGACCAAGAAGAUAGAUCCAUAAUUCUUAGAACCGCAAGACGAUAUGACCCUGAACGCACCGCUGUCACUCUAUUCACAAGCGGCACAACCUCUGGCCGGCCAAAAGGAUGUCUGCGCCAUGUGCAAGGAUCCACAUUCGUAACAGACGCUAUAUCCGACUCAUUCAGAUUAGCAGAAGACGCAUGUCGAUUCCUGCACAUGGGCGUGAACUAUCGCGUAUCAACGGUCGCGCUGAGUCUAUCGACCUGGAAAUGUGGCGGGGCGACGGUGAUAUCUGGCGAUGAAUUCACCGCGGAGAGCGCGUUGCGUGCUAUCGAGCGCUAUGCCAUCACGCACAUGUUCUGCGCACCGUCUUUGUUCCAUGCGCUUGAGGAUCAUCCCGCUUUUCCGAGAACCAACUUGACGCCGUUGAGGUAUGUGCUCUUGGGAGGUGAGAUCAUUUCGAAAGAACGGUUCAUGCACGCGGCAAAGGUUUUUCCAGGAGCGAAGAUCGCGAUUGGCCAUGGGAUGACUGAAUGCAGUGGCACGUUCGUAUGGCCUUUCUUCGACUCUGCGAUUGAGGAUAUUCCGUUCAGGGAUGGUAUUGCGCCUGUCGGCUACGUUUUGCCCGGCCAAGCCAUACGGAUCUGGGAUCUAGCCAAUGACCGUCUUGCCCAAGCUGAUGAAACUGGCGAGCUACAGAUUUGCUCUCCCGCAUUGAUCAAGGACUAUGUCGGUGUGGAAACCGUGGGUACGUUCAUUGAUGAUCCCACUGGUCGUUGGUUCAAAACAGGGGAUAUCGCAGUCAUGAACGAAGUCGGAUUGGUGUGGAUCCUAGGCCGUCUCAACGACAGAAUCAAACGAGGAGGUUGUUCCAUCACACCAGCCGCUAUCGAAGCAUGUAUUGAAGAGUAUGUCGGCACUUCUGCUUGUGUCUUCGGCAUGGAACACGCGACUCUAGGAGAGGAUGUCUACGCAGUAGUCGAGCAGCUCCAUGGUAAAACCAGAAAAAAUAUAGCAGAGCAUGUUCUUGUUAAUCUGGGCAAGGACUACGCUCUCGGCAGGAUCUUUAUCUUGGAAGAGCUAGGUCUCGACGUCUUUCCGACGAAUGCAACGGGGAAGAAGAUGAAGGGUGUUCUAAAGUCUGAUGUGAUGAGAUACUUGGCUAGCAAACUGCCGAGAAUGGCUUGA